AUGCAUGCAGCAGACUUGCCGCAGAAACUCUGGCCGGAAGUACUGCGGUAUGUGGUGGACAUUGACAACAUGACGGCAACACGGGCACUAAGGACAGAACUCCAUCCGGCGCUGUUGCUGGGAUUCGCGCGCUCAACUACGGGCUAUAGACUGCUACAUUUGCGGACUGGAAAUAUUGUCGAAGCCCGCGACCUGCAGUUCCGCGAAGAUGCCACGGUCAGUAGCAAGUACCUGAACAAGCUCUUGAUGGGCAGACAUCAGGGCGAGAAGAUCCCGUACGUGCCACUGCCAGUGGAGUACAUUGCUACGGACAAUGAGCGUGAUGGUGCUGAUCGCGCGGUGGAGAACAGUCUACCAAAGGAAGUGACUCCGAGUCACGGUGGGUCAGCGGUCAUGGACGACGCGCACGGGCCCGGGGGAGCGACUUCGUCGAGCAGCGCCGAGUCGGAAGUGGGCGAAGUUCACAACACGCGAGCGAUUGGACAUGGUGCGGUUCCAGCACAUGGGUCAGCUCAGCCCCUAGCAUCAGGACGACGCUAA